GGCCUGAAAGGCGCAUGCGCAGUGUGCCCGUCAAGGUAGUGACGUUUGGCGGAGGCGCGGCCCGAAGGCAGGCGGUCUCUUCCGUGGUCUCGCGGCUGGGAGGGGGGUUCACCUCACCCCCACCCGUACCCGCACCCCCACCCGCACCCCCACCCGCCGCGCUGCCUGUGGAGAUUUUCAGCGAGGACGCAAACCAGUGACUUUCCCGGAAGCAGCUCUCGGGAGCGGAAGUGGGGAAAGUCCCCCCCACCCCGAGGAGAGUCAGUGAAGUCCAGCCUCUGGGGCUAAAGUGGGCGUGAGCGGAGGUGAUGUGGGCCGGCUUCCCGGACUUGCCGGCAGGUGAGGCCGGGGCUGGGGCUGCGGGGCCUCCGGUCAGGGAUCCGGCCGCCUGGACGGCGCUUAGCAUUCCCUCCACUAGAUGAAAUGAGAUCCUGGGUGUCCCGGGAGCGCUGGACACUCGCUGGCCCUCAGUGUCACUCGCACCCUUGCUGGGAGCAGGCGCGAGCCGGAGCCCCGGGGAAUCUCCCUUAUUGAUCCGGAACCCGAGCAGCUGUGGAUGAGAUUGUGCGGGCUUUGUGUUAAACCUGCACAGCUUGCAGCCAUUCCCUUUGCUGAUUCGGGCAGGGGGCUUCAUAUCCUAAAUCUGCAAAGCAAAAGAAAGCAAACAAAGUAGUGAUAAUCCUGACCCUCCUUAGGCGAAUUAUGCCACAAAGCUCCGUGGAGUGCAUCGUGAAGCGACAGAGGAAUCCCUGCUGGACAUUUCCCCCUUAUACUCUGUAAACCACAUGCUUUGCUUUUCUUUUUUCUUUUUCUUAGACAUGCACUGAAGUGCCGAAGUGAAAUUGAAAUGCUAUUAUGACUUUCAGAACCUGAUCAGUGGAGUGUCUUUUGUGCUAAAUUUUAAUUUAAUUUGAAAAUGAAUAAGUGCAAAAACACACCCCUGGGUUCAGGUCCUGAGACAUUCAGCCCAGAUGUUCUUGCUGACAUUUUUGAACUCUUUGCCAAGAAUUUUUCUUACGGUAAACAGCAUGAUAGUGAGUGGCAGUUACCAGAUCCCAGUGAGAUUUUCACUUCUGACCACAUGGAAUUUAAUGCAUUUCUUGAUUUGAAGAAAUCCCUAAAUGAAGUAAAAAACCUGCUAAGUGAUAAGCAGUUGGAUAAGUGGCAUGAGCACACUGCCUUCACUAAUAAAGCUGGAAAAAUAAUUUCUCAUGUGAAAAAAUCUGUGAAUGCUGAACUUUGUACUCAAGCCUGGUGUAAGUUUCAUGAGAUUUUGUGUAGCUUUCCACUCAUUCCGCAGGAAGCUUUUCAGAAUGGAAAGCUGAAUUCUCUACACCUCUGUGAAGCUCCUGGAGCUUUUAUAGCUAGUCUCAAUCACUACUUAACAUCUCAUCGAUUCCCGUGUGAGUGGAAUUGGGUAGCUAAUACUCUGAAUCCAUACCAUGAAGCAAAUGACAACCUGAUUAUGAUUAUGGAUGACCGACUUAUUGCAAAUACUUUACAUCGCUGGUACUUUGGUCCAGAUAACACUGGUGAUAUCAUGACUUUGAAAUAUCUGACUGGACUUCAGAAGUUUAUAAGCAGCAUGGCAACCAUUCAUUUGAUUACCGCAGAUGGAAGUUUUGAUUGCCAAGGAAACCCAGGUGAACAAGAAGCUUUAGUCUCUUCUUUGCAUUAUUGUGAAGUUGUCACUGCUCUUCUGACUCUUGCAAAUGGUGGCUCUUUUGUUCUAAAGAUGUUUACUCUUUUUGAACAUUGUUCCAUAAACUUGAUGUACCUACUAAACUGUUCCUUUGACCAAGUCCAUGUUUUCAAGCCUGCUACUAGCAAGGCAGGCAACUCAGAAGUCUAUGUGGUGUGUCUCCACUAUAAGGGAAGAGAAGUCAUCUAUCCUCUGUUAUCUAAGAUGGUGGUGUAUUUUGGGGCUGAAAUGACCAAGAAGGCUCUCUUUCCCCAUCACAUGAUUCCUGAAUCUUUUCUUAAAAGACAUGAAGAAUGUUGUGUGUUCUUUCAUAGAUAUCAGUUAGAAACUAUUUCUGAGAACAUUCGUUUGUUUGAAUGUAUGGGAGAAGAGGAGCAAGCAAGGCUGAAUAAUUUAAGGGACUGUGCUGUUCAGUAUUUUAUGCAAAAGUUUCAAGUGAAGCCUCUUUCUAAAAAUAAUUGGCUAGUGAAAAAGUCUAAUGUUGGUUGUCGUACAAAUACAAAGUGGUUUGGGCAGAGGAACAAAUCUUUUAAAACUUAUAAUGAGAGGAAGAUGCUGGAAACUCUUUCAUGGAAAGAUAAGGUAGCCAAAGGAUAUUUUAAUAGUUGGGCUGAAGAACAUGCUGUAUAUCAACCUGGGCAAAUUUCUCUGUUAGAAGGAACAGCUUCCAGUCUUGAGUGUCACUUGUGGCAUAUUUUAGAGGGAAAGAAAUUGCCAAAGGUAAAAUGUUCUGCUUUCUGUGAUGGUGAAAUUUUAAAGGCACUUAAUGAAACUAUCGAAAAGUCACUAGGGGGGGCUUUGAAUUUAGAUCCCACGUGUAGACCAAAACAGCAUUACUAUUGUUCUUGUCAUAUUUUUUCUGAAGAACUGAUACUUUCUGAGUUGUUUACCCUUAUCAGGUACCUUCAAGAUGAGCAGGUUUUAGAACCCAGUAACCAGAUGAAGUGUCUGCUUAUGGGUUUUCCAACUCUCCAUGAUACUAAGAUGAAUAUGCCAUUGGAAGUUCUUCUCCUGGAAUCACCUGAACUCAUGACUUUUAACUGUUCAUUGUUUCAUGAUGGAGACCCAACUUAUCAACAGUUAUUUUUGAACUGCCUUCUACAUUCAUUGCAGCAGCUUCAUACAGGAGACACUAUGAUUUUGCCUAUACUUUCUUGUUUGACAAGAUUUAUGGCUGGUUUGGUCUUCGUACUCCACAAUUGUUUUAGGUUCAUCACAUUUUCUUGUCCCACAUCUUCUGAGCCCCUAAGGACCUGUGCAGUCCUGCUGUGUGUUGGUUAUCAAGAUCUUCCAAACCCAGUUUUCCAGUACCUGCAGAAUGUGAAUGAAUUGUUGAGUGCUUUGCUCAACUCUGAUGCACCCCAGCAGGUUUUACAGUUUGUGCCAAUGGAGGUGCUCCUUAAGGAGACACUACUUGACUUUUUGUGGGAUUUGAAUGCUGCCAUUGCUAAAAGACAUUUGCAUUUGAUUAUUCAAAGAGAGAGAGAAGAAAUAAUCAAGAGCCAUUAAUUAUGAAAUUGAACUUGUCCUUUCUGGCAUUUACCUUUAUAGUUUCUAACAUAAUUGCACUGAUAAUUUAGAACCUUACAUUUUAGAAAAAGACCAACUUUUACAUCAUUUAAAGUCUCAUUAUGUCUGCAAAUCAUCAUCUAGUUUUGAUUCUAGGAUAUACAAACUCAUGGUAGAAUAUAUGCAUGGAUGAUUCAGCCUUAAACAUGAGAUGUGUAUGUGUACAUGGGGUGGGUACAACUGUUCUUUGCAUACACACUUUAAUUGGUUUUAUUUAUCUGCUUAACAUUUGCACCCAUGUGCUUUCAUUCACAUUAGAAAUUCCUCCCAAUAGAUAGUAUUUUAAUGUUGAUAGGAAUCUUUGAUGCAAUCAAGUGGGUCACUUGCCAGCAACAAUGAUUUCCUUUAACACGCUAAUUAUGGACUCAGGGAGCUCAUCAGACUUCCUUAUAUGUGCCACUCAUUGCCUUUAAGUCACUGUCCAAUUUACUUUUAUAAUUCAAAUGUAACUAGUGUGCUAUUUUAUGAAUAUUAACCACAGUCAUUUAACUAGAAAGGAUAUCAGGACAGCUUCAAACCAAAGAUCAUGUUUAAGAUCAUCAUUCAUUUAGUUGUAGUGUACUAGUGUUUGUUUAUUUAUUUUUUUGGACAUAAUCAGUGAACUGCAAGUUUUUUUUUUUAAUUGCAAAAUAUUGUUGAUGGUCUCUGGGGUCAUAAGAAUGUUUAGGACAUAGUGAAUAAUGAAGAAAAAAUGUAACACUUUCGGAAUGAUGAUUUAGUAUUUAAAAAUUCCUAAUUUCAGUGAGUUAUUUUUUCCAGUAUGAAAGUAGCACUUUGUUAAAAGAUUAACCAUGGGAUAGUUAUUUUACUAGUUAACAUUUGAUUUCUUUUGAAUUGUAUGUAUUUGAUAGUAUACAUUAGCUUUUUGUAGCAAAAUUUUAAAAUAUUCAUUAGAUAGAAAUUCUAUAAAGUGAAUAUAUUCUUAUAUGUACAUUUUUGUUAGAUAAUUAUAUGUAUUUUCUGAUGGAUUUGGUUGAUAAGUAUUAAUCUGAAAAUUUUUCAUGUUCUUGGCUAUUUUGAGUUCCAUUAUAUAUUCAUGAAUAAAGUCAUUAAUAGAAA